GUGUCCGCACAUCGGGAAGAGCUCUCGGUUAUUUUCAAGUUGCAGAAGAGUCGGCCACAUGCCCUUCAAAGCCUUUUCUCAGGAACUUUACAUUAACUAGUAUCACAGUGAAUGUACUGAUAAUAAUUACGACUUUUGACAUGGGUGUAUAGCAGUUGUAGGAGCAGCUCCACAGUAUCUUAGCCUAGCCUGAACCAGUGAGCUGCUGAACUGGAUGAGUUUAGAGUAGGUUUGGACAUUAAGUUUAGCUAAGUUGUGUUUUUACUACUAAAGGUUUGCUUCAGCAUCCUAACAUGGAGUCACUCGGAGUCAUUGGCACUGUUCUGGGAUGCUCUGCGGGCAUUGCGCUUGGUGGGCUUGUGUUUGCUGCCUACAAACUUGGCUUACUCUACCAGUUGUUUCACAAGACUGAAACAAAGAGCCCACGUCAUGGUGGCGAGAGCGUGGCAGAGGUCCUCCGUGCCCAUGGGGUCAAGUAUGUCUUCACUCUCGUUGGUGGACACAUCUCACCUAUCCUGGUGGCUUGCGAGAAGGUGGGCAUCCGCAUUGUGGACACCAGACAUGAGGCCACUGCUGUCUUCGCUGCUGAUGCUGUGGCGAGACUCUCAGGCACUGUUGGUGUAGCAGCAGUGACAGCUGGCCCAGGCCUCACCAACACAGUGACAGCGGUGAAGAAUGCUCAGAUGGCUGAAUCUCCAUUGCUGCUGAUUGGGGGAGCUGCUGGUACACUGCUGCAGGGCAGAGGAGCGCUGCAAGAUAUCGACCAGAUGUCUCUGUUCAAGCCGCUGUGCAAGUUCUGUGCCUCCAUCAGGACUGUCAGAGAGAUCGUGCCUACGGUCAGGAAGGCCCUGGCCAUCGCCCAGUCUGGAACUCCUGGUCCUGUUUUCAUAGAGUUCCCCAUAGACACGCUCUACCCCUACCACCUGGUGUCCAAAGAGUUUGCGGUUAAGAACCCUCCCAAAGGCCUGAUGGGAAAGAUUGUCUCAUGGUACCUCAAUAACCACCUCAUGAACCUGUUUGCUGGAGCCUGGGAGACCAGAGAUGUGUCUCCGCUUCCUGUUGACAUCCCACAAGCUACAGAUGAUCAGGUACAAAGGUGCAUAGAGCUGGUGAGUCGAGCCAAGAAACCUGUUAUUCUGCUGGGCAGCCAAGCAACACUACCCCCAACGCCAGCCGAUGACAUCAGGAAGGCACUGGAGGCUCUGGGGAUCCCCUGUUUCCUUGGGGGCAUGUCUCGUGGCAUGCUAGGUAAAGACAGUCCCAUCCACAUCAGACAGAACAGGAGAGAUGCUCUGAAGGAAGCCGACUUGGUGCUUUUAGCAGGCACCGUGUGUGACUUCCGCCUCAGCUAUGGCAGAGUUCUCAACAGACGAAGCAAGAUCAUCGCUGUCAACAGAGAUAAGACACAGCUGCUGAAAAACUCAGAUAUGUUCUGGAAACCAACUAUAGCAAUUCAGGGUGACGCUGGGUCAUUCUUGGUGCGGCUUUCUAAAGGCCUGAAGGGCCAUCGCUGUCCAGAGGAAUGGCCUCAGAGCCUCAAAGCAGGAGAUGUGACCAAAGAAAAUGCAAACAGGGCUAAGGCUGAUGAGAAGACAGAACACCACUUAAAUCCACUGAAGGUCCUCCACCAUGUGGAUCAGCUGAUGGCAGAGGACAGCAUCAUCGUUGCAGAUGGGGGUGAUUUUGUUGGAAGUGCUGCUUAUAUCAUGAGACCAAGAGGACCUUUGCGCUGGCUAGAUCCAGGAGCCUUUGGGACCCUGGGAGUUGGAGGAGGAUUUGCGCUGGGGGCAAAACUGUGCCGGCCUGAAUCUGAGGUAUGGAUAGUUUAUGGUGAUGGCUCCUUAGGAUACAGUGUUGCAGAGUUUGACACGUUCACUAGACACAAGACUCCAGUUAUAGCUGUGGUGGGAAAUGAUGCCUGUUGGAGUCAGAUCUCCAGAGAGCAGGUUCCCAUCCUUGGCAGCAACGUGGCGUGUGGCCUUGCAUUUACAGAUUAUCACACAGUGGCAGAUGGUUAUGGUGGUAAGGGCUACCUUAUAGGGCGUGAGGACGAGGACAGGCUAAGCGACAUCAUCGGACAGGCUCAGAAGGAGACCAAGGAGGGCAAGGCUACACUUCUCAAUGUUCUGAUAGGCAAGACCAACUUUAGAGAGGGCUCUAUCUCUGUUUAGAGCAGCAGUGCAUUCUUCUUCCUUUAACUUUGGCUGCCUUCCCAGAGUUUUACUGUCAAACGCUAUGUAGGAUUUCAGCUAAUAAUAUUGUCAAGCCAAGCCCUGACCAGACCUCCAGACCUCUGCUAAUCCUUUGUGCCCUUAAAGCCAUAUAAAAGGAAAUGUCUACAGUAUGCUGAUCUCCCAUAUGACUUCAGCUAUCACUCACUUCUCUCAUCAGAUUAGUCACAAAUGAUUUGUGACUAGCAACACAUCUGCAAACAGCAGUCAGGACUAUAAUAAUAAUAAUAAUAAUAAUAAUAACAAUUAUUAUUAUUAUUAUUAGUAUUAGUAUUAUUCAUAGCCACUUAAUUUAUAACUCUAUAUAUACCUGACCUUUUGUUGCGUAGGCUACUUUCAGGGUCAUAUUGUGUUCUUUGAAAGACAAUUGCUGCAUUUUAAGAAGGGAUAGACAGAAAAGUAAGAAAAUCUUGCUUUGUUUUGAGAUUUUACCUUUAACCAGCCUAUUAUAACUUGAAUAGGUAUUUCUUGUAAAUAAACCUGUGACAGAAAAGCACUCUGCUUGAGAGAGAACAGUGCUUUAAAGGGGCAAUGUGUAAGAAAAGGCCAACUGUCAAAUCCACACUCCAAACAAAUAGGGGGCAGCAUAUUACCAGAAAGCUGAGUUGUCCAAGUCUACUAGCAUCUACUACUUCUUCGUCCACUCAUGUUGGAUUAUAGGCAGACUGUGAGCUAGAGUGUCUCACUAUCACCUCUUGAGGUACAAAGUGGUAUUAUAAGACAGGAUGAGCUGUGGCUAGCUGGUCAGUAUGCUAACUUCAUUAGAUAUAUCUGGAAUACAGUACAUAAACAUCUUUGACAUAACAUCAGAACUGUUAUUUCUCCAUGUUCUGUUGAAUAUCUUUGCUCAUUUUUAAACUAAAAUACCUACAUAUUGCCCCUUUAAGUUCUCGAACGUAACCAGUAUGCCUUUUCUCCUUGCCUUUUUACAAGGACAUAUGAAAUCUUACCGCUGUGAAAAGCUUUAUCGGUUGGGAUAAAAAUUUGUUAAAUGGGAAAUAAUUUUUGAAUGUUAAAGAUUGACAAAUGGUAUGCCUUUUAAUGUUAGAUUAUCCUACUACAUUGAUAUGUAUAGGUUGAAAAUUGUCUGCUGAUUCAGUUAUGUAUUUAAAUGAUAUUUAAUACUAACCUGUAUGCAGUGAUGUGGGCUAUCAUUUAAAAUAUGCCUAAACAUAACAUUUAUUGCACUAUGAUCAUAACUUAUUUACACAGUAGGUGAACAUGUGUGGGUCAUCUCACUCCAAAUGUUAAUUUGGAUUAAUUCUCAAAUAAACUGA